AUGAGGACAUUAUAUGACGUUUUUGCCGGUACCAAGGAGAGAUGUUCUUCUCUGACGAGCCGACUCAUAUGGCUGCCAAAAGCUGUCUCGAGAUAUUCUUUCAUCUCUUGGUUAGCCAUCUCAAAUCGACUUGCCACUGGUGUCAAAAUGAGGACUUAUGGCAUAAAGAAAUAUCUUUUACAAUGUAAAGAGCUCGGCUUCUGGGCUCAGGUGAUACACAACAACUAUGAAGAUACUUUUUAUUAUCUCAACACACCUAGGCGGAAUGUGCAUUACCUUAUUCUCCUAACACUGUUUUUCCAAAGUUCGAUCAACCGCAUCUGGCACAAAAAAAACUGA